AUGAAACUGCGUAUCUCUAGGCCGCAAAUACGGGUCUCGCAGGGUGAGUCUGCAUUUGCAGCAGGCAAUGCACGGUGGACAAAUCGUGAUCUCGACCCGAUUGCCAAGCAUGGCCGCAAAUGGGGUGUACCCAGUAUAAUAGGUGCGAACAUUUUGCUAGCAUAUUGGAUCUCCGAUGCCUUGAACGCAGCGACCUGGCAAUUCGCCAGCAGUAUGAUUGCCGUCGGCCUCACCUAUCGUGAAGCUCUAGGCAUCAUCGCCUUGUCCUUCUUCAUUAUAUCGUUGGUCAUUGCUGCGAACGGAACUGUGGGCGCCAUAUACCAUGUUCCAUUCCCCGUGAUCGCGCGUGCUAGUUGGGGCUUUUGGGGCUCAUAUAUCGCCAUCAUUUCACGAGUCAUCCUUGCUGUCUUUUGGUUUGCUAUCCAAAAUGUCAACGGCGGAAAUGCUGUCCAUGUCAUGAUUGGCGCAAUAUGGCCAAGUUUCUUGAAUAUUCCCAAUGGUAUCCCCGAGUCGCAGGGAAUCACGACCGGUGCUAUGGUCGGGUUCCUGAUCUUCUGGUUGAUCCAGGUUCCGUUCCUUUACAUGCAUCCCAACAAGCUGCGCUGGCUAUUUACGAUCAAAUCGAUUCUGGUUCCUAUUGCUUGGAUCGCUAUCUUGAUAUGGGCAUUUGUCACCGUGAAAGGUGGUGGUGGCGUAUUCGCAAAGCAGGCUCCCACAGUCUCCGGCUCCAAGUAUAGCUGGCUAUUCUUGGCCAAUAUGACAUCCGUUCUGGGCAAUUAUGCAACAUUGUCUGUCAAUCAAUCUGACUUCUCCCGAUACUCCCGCGUCAGCCCCCGCUGGCAGCUCCUGUAUGUCCCUAUGCUACCUAUUAUAUUUACAUUCUUCGCUUUUAUUGGCAUUGCUGCCUCGUCCGCCGGCCAAGUUGAAUAUAAUCUCUCGUCUAUCCCAUGGGAUCCAACCGUUCUGAUCAGUUACUGGCCCAACCGCGCGUGUCGCUUUUUCGGCGCAGCUUCCUUCGCACUAGCCUCCCUGGGCGUGAACAUUUCGGCCAAUUCUCUUUCAGCUGCUAACGAUUUCACUGCACUGGCACCACGGUAUAUCAACAUCCGGCGCGGGCAGAUCCUAUGCGCCUUGUUGUCGUGGUGUCUUGUCCCCUGGAAAAUCCUCGCAUCAGCAGGCAACUUCCUUUCUUUUAUGUCUGCAUAUGCGAUCUUCCUUGGUCCUAUUGCUGCAAUUAUGAUGGUUGACUUCUGGGUUGUCAACCGCCGUCGAUAUGACACCCUCGCUCUAUACCAGCCCAAUAACCCAACAUAUCGCUAUACAUUCUCCAUCCCGGGCCUCCCGGGCAAGAGUAUCUCUGGCACAAACUGGCGUGCUGUGUUGUCUUUUAUUGUGGGUGUUGCGCCUAGUCUUCCUGGACUGGCCAACUCUGUGAACUCUAAUAUCGAUGUCGGUGUCGGUGUACAUCCGUUUGAAUUCGGGUGGUUAUUGGGCUUUGUUGCCACAUCUGUCGUCUAUAUGUUGUUAUCGUGGCUGUUUCCUGCGCAGGAGACUCAGAUUGACCGUGCUGUUCUACCUGACGAGAUAUACGAUAGAGGCAUGGUGGUCGAAGGAAUGGAAGCGGUUGACCCAGAUAGCAAGGAUGUGGUUACUGAUACACGGGAGAAAGAUAUGGAUGUGGAAAAGGCUGUCUAG